UUCCGUAGUUUUGCCGACCAGUUCCGAGAAACACAAGACAGGCUAGUUAACUAGCCAAGGUACUUCAGUGAAACACAAUUACAAGACCGGAGAAUUUGCAUCUGACCGCGAAGCCACACAGCUGAGAGUCAGGCAAUAGACUCUUCUGAAAAUGUUUUCUUUGUCAAUGACAGUCCAACCACAGGUGACAGUUCCUCUGAGUAACUUGAUUAACGCCCUCCACUCCUUGAAGAGCUCUGUAAGUAUCAGCAGCUCUGCCGCCAAGACACAGCGCGCGGAGAACGCUACCGAGCAGGAGACAGCCAGCUCGGAGCCCAGCCUGAGCCUGAAGGAGCUGGGUCUGUCUGACCUGGGUCUGGGCCAGCUGCACGAGCUGGUCAACACCGUGCUUCCCUGCUUGCACCAGCAGGGGGCGCCAUCUCCCCCCAGCCCCAUUCAGAACGCCUGGAAGACCUCCCACCUGUCCUCCCACUCCUUCUACCACAACAAACAUGGGUUCUCUGGCGGUGCCAUGGGCCCCCUCCCCCUGGGCCCCGCCCCCCUGGCCUUCUGCAGACAGAGCCCCUCCCCCCUCCAGAAAGUCUCCGCCCAGCUGCCCUACUGGCCAGUGUGGGUGCAGACCAGGGGCUUUAAGACCCUGAGGAAGGCCAAGAGGCUGAGGGCAGGACAGGAGCGCCCUCUGGAGGUGGAAAGCUUCACACCCUCCUUCAUGAAGGGCCUGCUGUGGCGGGAGCGCGGUGCAGAGGUGGAGACCCUGGAGACGCUGCUGAAGAGCCGGAACGUUCCGGACGGACACCAGGACGCCUUCAAGGGCGGCUUCGCUGAGGGCUUCCUCAAGGCCCAGGCCCUCACACAGCGCACGCAGGACUCUCUGAGGAGGACCCGGCUGAUCCUGCUGGUGCUGCUGCUGGUGGGACUCUACGGCCUGUCCAAGACCCCCUUCUUAUCGGUGCGGUUCCGAACCACAUCAGGGCUGGACUCUGCGGUGGACCCGGUGCAGGUGAAGAGCGUGACCUUCGAGCACGUGAAGGGCGUGGAGGAGGCCAAGAACGAGCUGCAGGAGGUGGUGGAGUUCCUGAAGAACCCUCAGAAGUUCACCGUGCUGGGGGGCAAGCUGCCCAAAGGUGUGCUCCUGGUGGGCCCCCCAGGCACGGGGAAGACCCUGCUGGCCAGGGCGGUGGCCGGGGAGGCAGACGUGCCCUUCUACUACGCCUCAGGGUCCGAGUUCGACGAGAUGUUCGUGGGCGUCGGAGCCAGUCGCAUCAGGAACCUCUUCAGAGAGGCAAAGGCCAGCGCCCCCUGUGUGAUCUUUAUAGAUGAGCUGGACAGUGUUGGGGGGAAGAGGAUCGAGUCUCCCAUGCAUCCCUACUCCAGACAGACCAUCAACCAGCUGCUGGCAGAGAUGGACGGGUUCAAACCAAACGAGGGCGUGAUCAUUAUAGGAGCUACAAACUUCCCUGAGGCUCUGGACAGUGCUCUGAUUCGUCCUGGUCGCUUCGACAUGCAGGUGACCGUCCCCAUGCCUGAUGUGAAGGGACGCACAGAGAUCAUCAACUGGUACCUCCGGAAGAUCAAAGUGGAUCCUGACGUGGAGGCUAAAAUCAUCGCCCGUGGCACGGUUGGCUUCUCCGGGGCUGACCUGGAGAACCUGGUGAACCAGGCGGCGCUGAAGGCAGCGGUGGACGGCAUGGACAUGGUGACCCUGAAGGAACUGGAGUUCGCCAAGGACAAGAUCCUCAUGGGGCCGGAGAGGAGGAGCGUGGAGAUCGACCAGAAGAACAAGGAGAUCACAGCGUACCACGAGUCCGGCCAUGCCAUCGUAGCGUACUACACCAAGGAUGCCAUGCCUAUCAACAAGGCCACCAUCAUGCCCCGAGGACCCAGCCUGGGCCACGUGUCCAUGCUCCCUGAGAAUGACCGCUGGAGUGAGACGCGCUCCCAGCUGCUGGCCCAGAUGGACGUGAGCAUGGGCGGGCGAGUUGCCGAGGAGAUCAUCUUCGGCAUCGAGUACAUCACCACGGGUGCGUCGAGUGACUUUGACAGCGCCACCAAGAUCGCCAAGAUGAUGGUGACCAGAUUCGGAAUGUGUGAGAAGCUUGGGGUCAUGACCUACGGUGAUGUCACCAAGCAGAGCCCGGAGACGCAAGCUGCCAUCGAACAGGAAACCAGGAAGCUGUUGAAGGACUCGUAUGAGCGGGCGCGGGCGCUGCUGAAGCAGCACGCUAAAGAGCACCGGAUGCUGGCCGACGCCCUGCUGAGGUACGAGACGCUGGACGUCAAGGAGAUCCGUCUGGUGCUGGAGGGCAAGGACCUGGAGCUGAGGGAACCUGGGCCAGGUGGGCUGGGGGCCUGAGACCCACCUGGGGGCUGGGGGCGAGGACCGGGAGCAGAGACCCCCUGGGGCAGUGGGGCUGAGAGAGUCAGGGAGGCGGGGCGCCGGGGGUCAUGGUUGUAUAUCAUGGAUCUGGGGGGCAGGGGGGCAGGGCUGUACACAUGGACACCAUACAGGUCAGUUAGGGGCUAGAGAGGGUGUGGAGGGUGUGGAGGGUGGGUGAUGAGGGUGUGGAGUCUGUAUAGGGAAUGUUGGGGCAGAGGUCAUGGGUUAAGGGCACUCCCUGUGACUGUGGAGGAAAAGCCAGGCCAGGGGGGCUUGGGAUUGGACGAGGC